CCAGUUUUCGAUAGGGAACAAUUUGUUUUGUUUUUCUAGAUCUAGAUCUAGAUCCAGUUAAAUUUUUUUUUGGAGAGUCAAGAAGUUUAUCAAACUUAAAAAUAAUCAAUAGAAAAUCGGUUCCAACAAUAAUGAAAUAGAUCUAGAGAAUCUAGAUCUAUAUCUUCGAGGUUAUAUUAAAAAUAAAACAAAAUAUCUUCUGAAACCCAUUUUUAAAAAAUGGAUACUGUGAGUACACUGACUGUUUCACUGCCCCCAAGAAAUAACACAGAGCACUUGAGAAUGAUGAUCACAGCUGUUGAUGCUGUUAUCAGUGGGAAAAUGUCGCAAAGAGAAGCUGCCAAAGCCUAUAAUAUUCCCAGAAGCACAUUAAGAAGUCAUCUACCAAAGCAUGAAUCAUACAGGCACAAGUUUUCAAAACCUCCAGCAGGUUUCAAAGGAAAAACAAUUCUUUCAAAAAAAGAGGAAAAAGAGCUGGUAGACUUUAUUGUCAACAUGCACAGAGCUGGUUUUGGGCGCACACGUCAGGACUUGUUGUACAAAGUUCAAGACCUGCUCAAUAAAACUGAGAGAAAAACUAAAUUUGAAAACAACCUACCCAAUGAGGAAUGGUACACAUCUUUCCUAGAGAGACACAAGGACAGCAUCAAGGAGGUUUAUGUUGGCUGCGGUGGGGACCAAGAGAGAGGGCUGGUCUCCCAGAUGUACGGUGUUGAGGUCAUUGAGACCGUUCCCUCUGUUGUUCACCAUUCCAAUCCUGCUCCACCUCAACUCCACCACCUCCAGGAAAACCCUGACUCAGUCUCUAGAUGCAGAAUGGCAUUUCAGUAUCAGUUCUAAACCUAAGCAUUGCUGUGUCAGUUUUAACGUAAGCUCCUUGAGACAGGCGCUUGUCAGUUUUAUCUUAAGCUCCAUUAGACAGGCAUUUGUCAGUUUUAUCUUAAGCCCCAUUGAACAGGCAUUUGUCAGUUUUAUCUUAAGCUCCAUUAGACAGGCAUUUGUGAGUUCUAAACUUAAGCUCCAAUAGACAGGCAUUUCAAUGUCUGUUUUAAACUUCAGCUCUUUGCCUGUAAAUGAUUUUUUAUAAAUCAACUUCUCUGGGUACUAAACCAGGAGUGAAAAAUAUUUCCUUGCUGUUGAACAUUGCCACACAUGAGGGAUGUCCACAUGCAAACUCAUAUAGAAAACUGAAGAGCCACAGUGAUGUCUUAAGGAAAAGUUGUAUAAGUACAUUUUAAGUACAUGGACCUGUUUACUUACAAAACAUUUUCUUACAACUUGCCAGUUGUGAUACAAUAUCAGGGUGUGGACCAGAGGUUUUGCUCAGUCAUUUUAACCUACCAGUGCAGUAUGGUUUUAGUUAUAUGCACAAUAAGGGUUUGUUUUAAUAAUAUUGUUCAUGUUUUGUUAUAAAGAGGGAGGCCUUGAGGGAAAUAAGAAAAGUUUAAGAAUGAAAGUCACAAAGUCUAUUUAAGAAAUUGUGUUUGAAUGAAUAAAUGUAGCUUUAUCUCAUUGAGUGUAAAGGUAGAACACAAAAACAUUUAGUAAAUUUAAUUAGGAAAAGGGUUCUUUACUAAAAGAAAGUUGCCUACCCCCGGUAAAGAUUGUGUAUAACAGUUGAUAACUUGUCAGAUAACUAAUUAUAAAUAUCUAUAUAAAAAUAAAUAUUUAUUAUUUGUGCAAGUUCUGGCAGUUAGUUAAAACUAGAAUGUACAUUCAAAUUAUUUUUUUUUUGCUGACAAAGAAUAUCACCUUUGGUUGAUAUACAUACAAAAUUGUAAAAAGACCAAUUUGUAUAAUAAGUGUAUUUGUGUACCAUCUAGUUUUUAUUUUGUACUGCUGUCAAACAAAUGUGUGGACAUAACAGACAUAACUUAUGUUUUUCUCAGAAGAUGUACACACAAAUUGUAUAUGUACACUGCCAUUUUACACAUUGAUAUUCAAAUGGCUCAGUCAUAUUUGUAUUGUUCUCCAUGUUAUCUUAUUUGAGUUUUGUUGUUUUUAUUUGCUGGGGAGAAGCCAGACAAUACAAGUGUAUGGACAACUCCAGCAGAUCACAGUUUUAACAGCUGUACAAUUACAAUGUGUGUAUUCAAGUUUCUCUAUGAUUUGUGUACAUAAAGUAUGAUAUAAUACCUCCUGUAAAAAUGUUUCUAACAUGUCUCACUUUUUGAUUAUAGUUUGAAAGUAGAAAAAAGCCAGUUGCUCAAUUACUAUAUUGUUUGUUUUUGUUUACAUGUGUUGGUAUAUUGUUUAGAGGAGUGUCACUGCACAUUUUUUAUUUAAAGGAUACAUGUCAAAAGAAAAAGUUGAAGUGGAGUUGUACAAAAGUCA